CUUACAGUACCUGUGUUCACUAGACUAAUUGCACUCUGUGCCACAGCAGUAUUUCAAACCUACCUGAAUAUACUGUAGAGCUAAAAGGUUCUCUACAUAAAGAAACAAACCACAAAGCCAAUACCAUGCUGCCUUCCAGUGGAAUUCUUUUUAUUUUGCUGCCGGUUAGUUUAGGGUGGACCAGAAGCAAUGGUCACAGUAGUACAGUCAGUACAACAAACACUGACAAUAAUUCAACUACAGAUACGACUCCACCUUCACACCAAGGAACUUCACAUCAGCUAGGUCUUACUGGAACUAAUGGAAUAACUCCUGCUAUAAGCCAUGUUGCACCAACAACGGCCAAUAAAAAUGCAACAAAAAGUACAGUAAUAGAGAGUAACACUCAAAGCAACAGUGUAGCUCAAAGAUCCAUUAAUGGCACAGGGUUAUUUUUGACUUCAAACGUGGAUAAGGGUUCAACAAAUACCUCUGCCAAAAAUGUCAACAGAAUCUCACCAUCUUCGACACUAUCCAUAACCAUGAGUGACUUUUCUACAGCGACUGAAAGCAACAUGCCUACAAAUGCUGGUGUAUCAUCGAAAACGGAAGCCAAAAGCUUCACUUCAGUCACCUAUAAGACCAGUUCUACUGCAACAAUCUCCACCAAAGACUUUCUAAAGAGCCCCACAGAAGUCUCAUCUACCAACAGUCCACCAAAUAGACUGACCACAUUAUCCACACACCACAGUGGCAGUGUCACAACAGACUUCAAAACAAUUUCACAGACUACAAAAAACGCACACCAGAAUUUCACCAACCAUUCUACCGUCCCAUCAAAUCCGAAAGAACAUAACAAAGAGAAUCACCACAGUGCAGGAGUAGUGUUUGGUGCGAUUGUAGGAGCCAUUUUAGGAUCUGCAUUAAUUGGUCUGAUUGGGUACUUUAUAUGUGGGAAGAGAAAGUCUGGCUCAUUUUCCCAUCAGCGACUUUAUGAUGACACAAGGAGUGAACCAGUUCUCCGAUUAGAUAAUUCAUCGCAUAAUGUGAGCUUUGGUGAUUUCUCUUACUACAAUCCCAGCACAACAAACAAGCCAGCCGCACAGAACAGCGGAGGAAGACCAUAUGAUGGCAUUCCAAUGGGUGACAUGACUUCAUCUCAACCCCCAGCAUAAUGUCCGAGGGUAACGUCCGCUGGCUUCAGAUUACAAACUCGUUUGUGAUCUAUGUACCUUGUUUUACAUACAUUGCUCCCACAGUAUUUUGCAAGUUUAUUCCCCCUGAAAUAAUCCUUUGGCUAUUAACAUGAAAGGCUUUGGAUAGCAUAUCUGAAAUCACAAGAUAUAUUUACACAUGCUGGUCAUACACUGCUGUGCCAGAGCACCACUGUCCCAAUUGGUAAUUAAACUAAAUUCAAUGCUCAAUCUGCUUCUGUGUUAAAAGACACUAUGCUAUCUUUUUAAAAACAAUAUUAGCAAACUGCACAGAAAGAGCAAAGUCCUGUUUGUUACACGUAGUCAACUUCCUUUGGCUUCAGUCGAGGUUGCAAACAGGCAAUGGAGCAAAAUAUGACCAGGAUUCUAAGGAAAGUUUAGCACCUAGACAAAAUAACCAUAAUGACUAUCUUGAUGAGAAGCUGCUUUCUUCAAAUGUCAUUUCUAUCAGAUCUGCGGGUCGGGAGAUUUCCUCCCCGCCUUGAUAUUUGCAUCUACCCGAGAGAAAAAACUAUAAGGCACUGGUUUUAAUUACAUUACUUACAGCUUGCAAUUUGCCAGGCCAAACUGAUUUACUGUUUAUCAUGAAGAGAAUUUGCUCACACUGAUACAGUUACAAUUACUACAGAAAGGAGACCACAAGAAUGAAUAGUCAACACUUCCUCCUCCUCUGCACCAGUUGGUCUAUUAUCUGCAUUGCAGGUUAGGAUCUGUAAAAAUGAUGCAGCAUAUUUUGGGAUGGGCUACGUAGAAGGAAGGAAUUCUCUUUGGGUAAAAAAUGUAAAAAGAAUACAGAGAACCACAGACCAGUUUAAAAUCUUUGCUCAUUCAGCAAGUCUAAAAAUCAGGGAGAUAUCCAAAAUAAUAACAUAAUUUAUCCGUUUAUAGCCACCUAAGAUGCCUAAAGACAUAAGAAGAGCUUUAGGAAGGUAAAAUAUUACUAGUAAGAACAUCAUGAUGCUUAGAGGCCUCAAAGAUUAAGUGUGGGACACAUGUUUAUUGCUAUGGAUCUUAAUGUGUGUCAUUAAGAGUGGGCACUUUGGGCCCAGUCAAUGGAGCUACACCCAUAAAUAUCAGCUGAAAACCUGGCCACGAGUGUGUUAAAUUCACAGACUCCUUCUCUUCACUUUUGCACUGGCUGCAGCUGGGAGAGUGAGAAAUGCCUGUUCAUGUGUAUUAUAUAAAUACAGCGUCUAUGUGGCAAUUAACUUCAUCACAAUGGUACAGCAUUGGUUUGAAUAGAGGCAGUGCUCUGUGUGGACCAAUGUUAAAGUCUCAGGGUACAAAUAUGCAGCACUUUCACAGGAAGAACUAUCUACCCAUCUAUCUCAGAUAGUUACAGCAUGCUAAUCUUGAAAUAAUCUUGGUGUUGCCACUGACUUCCCAUUGCAAACUUAUUAUCGACUGCAAUGAAAGAUCACUGGAUCAGACCCCUCAGUUGUAAAAACUGCAUCUGCCUUCUUUCGAACAAAGAAAUGUUAUGUAAUGGUAACUCCUGUUUAAGAGUUGCCUCUGAGCCUUUGUUUGAUGCCUCCUGGUGUGGAACAUGAUGUCACAGUGAAUGCAGAGAGACUCUCAAAGAAUAAAUAUAUGAAAUCGUCCUGUAAAUAGUCAACACAAAACCUUCUGACCUGCCUUUAACUCACUUUAAUUAGCCUUUGCCUACAAGCUUUCAAAUCUGUUAAUUUUACAAUGCGCCGAAUUGGAUUACACUAAUUUUGGCCCCAAACCUUCAAUUAACUCUGUGUGAGUGGACCUCUCUGCACACAUGACAUAGAUUGCCGGAUUAAAGGCCUUGUUUUUCCUACAGUCAUUACAUUCCGAACAUAAAUUAGUAGUGGAGUAUUUUUAAUGUCCUACUAGUACAAACAUUGAUUUGAUGAAAAUAGGAAAAAUAUAAUAAACAUGGAUACUACUUGCUUAACAUUAUAUUAAACUUCAAAUCCCUCUAAAACUAAUAGUCAUCUAUAGAGGGAGAGGUGAAGAGAACACUUAGGAAGGAAA